UGUCUGCACAUAAAAUAUGUGAAAGUGUUGUGCUGGGUGUUAGCAGUGCUAGCACCUCCAGCCUUCAGUCCUUCCUGUACUGGUUACACCUUGCCUUCACAGACUGGUUAUCUGCCAUUUUAACUUGACACAAUAUAUGCUUCCUUGCAGGAGGUAUGUUGUAUAAAGAGAGACCUCAGUCACACACUAACUAGAGCACAAUGAGGAACAGUAUCUUGAUAACAGCUUCACUUCUCUGCAGCCUCGGUUUGAAGUCUCAGACUGUGGGGGUCCAGUCUGGUGAUGAAGUCACACUGCAGUGCUCCAACUUUUCCAGUACUUACACACAGAUCAUUUGGUUCAGACUGAACAGAAGUGAGCCUCGCUGCAUCUCCCAUAUGUUUAGGUCUUUUGAACCUGCUACAUUCUGCAGUGGAUUCAAAGAUGGAAAAUUCAACAUGACAUCAAACAUUUCCACUGUCUUCCUCAACAUCAAACAAGUGGAUUUGUCCGACUCUGGACUUUAUUUUUGUGGAUAUUAUGUGAGCAGAUAUCCACUGAUUGUUGAUGCAACAUUUUUAGAGGUUCAAGAAGUGAAUUAUGAAAUGACAAAGCUGGUGAUCGUGGUCCUGGUCGGUUUGGUGGUUGUCAUGGGGAUGAUCAUCAUUUGUCUGUCUGUUAAAAUCAAAUGGCUUCACAAAGCUCAUAUUGAAGAACAGGACCCGCAACAGGAAGAGAAUCUCGGGGCAGACAGCCUGAUCUAUUCCGCUGUGACUUUCCGUCCAAAAACCGAGCGAAACCUCAGGCCUGACCCCAACAGAGAAGACAACAAGAGUUGUAUUUAUUCAGGCACCAGAUAGACUCAGGAAGCACCUGCAACCGCAGCUAAAAUAGAACAAAUAGGAACUGAUGCUUUAUAAUUAAUGUGAUGGUGUGUUUCAAAGUGGUUGCUAGAAGUACAAAACAAAUUCAAAUAAUGUCGAGAGCGAGCCUGAGCAAACCACUAGGCCAAACACGUUGUUCAUUCCUCAUAAUUAUCAAAUAGAAAGCUCUUUGUGAUGAUGAAUGAUCCUACAUCCUCCCCACAGCACAAACAAACUGUUGGGGAUCAAUUUUUGGUCUGACUUUCCUUUCUUUGUCAAUGCCAAGGUCAUCAUUUUGAUUGUUAUGCUGAUGAUACAUAGGUUUAUCUGUCCAAUGAACUAUAUCUUGCUUUAGUUUAGUUCAUAAUAUUUAUUUGUUUCAUUGAGUUUCAUAGAUUUUGAAUGAUGUGGCUUUGAUUAAAUAUAUUCUGUUACAAUUUAAGAAAGCAGUUGUUUGUGAUUGUAAUACCGCUGAUUGGGAGAGCUUGUGUACGAGCCUAAGCCUUCUGUUUAUUUAAAUACAGGACUUAUUAAAUAUGAAUAAUUUUACUAUUUAAUUGAUUUGAGACUGAUUUUGGUGAUAUUUGGUUAUUGUUCUCUGAUAUCAGAGUGGUGCCCCGUUUUAUUAACUCAGUUUAAUAAUGUUGUUAAUUUAUAUUCAUAAUUAAUUAAGGAUAAUUAUUAAUAUAAAUUUAUAUAACCAAAGUCGACUAGAAAAGAACUGACAUAAUUGUUGCCUGCGUAUUAGCUCUGCAAAACCCCAACAGUGGCGAUUCUAAAAUAUGGUGGGGCCCUAGGCAAAAAUCAAUUGGGGGGCUCUCCAACCAUUUUGUCUGCC